AUGACGUCCCAGAGAUGUCUGCUAACUUUCAACAGCAAAUUUGAUUAUCUGGCACCUGCGAAUCUCACUUUUAGUGUUUAUCUAAGUUCAAAAAUUAGAUUUUUGGUUGGCUAGCUAACCUAGCGUUCCACCUCAUUAGCAUUUAAUACACAGCCAAGCCAUCCACUCAGAGGGUGCUUCUGCAGAAGCGCAGCAAGGGAGUCACACCCUAAUAUUCAGCAUUCAUAGGUUAGCUAUAUAAGCUAGCUAGAAUCUUAACAAUGAUCGGUCGUCGAUGACUUUUAUGUUGUACAAGGGGAAUGUGCGGUGAAUAGAAUUUGCUUGGUUACUUAGUGGCGACUUGAAUUAGCUUGGAAGCUAGCGUUAGCUACUUGUGCAUUAAGUCAUCCACUUUUUUUCUGAGAAAUCAUGAACCUCCUGUCUCGGACUACUUUGUUGGGAGACAGAUAACGUUAGCUAGCUAGCAGUGCUAGUGGGACAAGACUAUCUGGCAAAAGCUGAGACGAAGGACCGUUAGUUUCAGGCUAGUUAGCUAGCUAGUGUGUUACAUUACCGCAAUCAAUUAUGAGCAACGUUGCACCAAUUUAUACAUUUGUUAUAAGAGACGACAACAGCACCGUAUAUGCUGAAGUCGCCAAAAUCCUCAUCUCUACUGGAAAAUGGAAACGACUGAAAAGGGAUAAUCCUCGAUUCAACUUGAUGCUGGGAGAACGAAAUCGACUACCCUUUGGACGCUUAGGUCAUGAACCAGGGCUGAUGCAGCUUGUGAACUAUUAUAGAGGGGCUGACAAGUUGUGUCGCAAAGCGUCCCUUGUCAAGUUAAUAAAGACGAGUCCAGAGCUGAAAGACCCCUGCAACUGGUUUCCUGAGUCUUAUGUCAUAUACCCCACCAACCUCAAUACUCCUGUGGCUCCUGCCACCAACGGUAUCAGCCACCUGAAGAGCAGCCCCAAGACAGAUGAGCGUGAGGUCUUCCUCGCCUCUUAUCACUCCAAAAAGGAAAAUGGGGAGGGAACAGUGUGGAUUGCUAAAUCAUCUGCUGGAGCAAAAGGAGCUGGAAUUUUGAUAUCUCAUGAUGCAAACCAAUUGCUUGAGUUCAUUGACAAUCAGGGACAAGUUCAUGUCAUUCAGAAAUACCUGGAGAAACCACUGCUGUUGCAACCAGGUCAUCGCAAAUUUGAUAUAAGGAGCUGGGUGCUUGUUGACCAUCAGUACAACAUCUAUUUGUACCGUGAGGGUGUGCUAAGAACUUCCUCUGAGCCAUACAACAGCUCUGACCUCCAGAACAUGACCAGCCACCUGACCAAUCAUUGCAUCCAAAAGGAGCACUCACAGAAUUAUGGACGCUAUGAGGAGGGUAACGAGAUGUUCUUCGACGAGUUCAGAGAGUACCUGCUAAGCAUUCACAAUGUUUCCAUAGAGACAUCCAUCUUACCUCAGAUCAAGCAGAUAAUAAGGAGCUGCCUCACAUGCAUUGAGCCCGCGAUCAGCACCAAGCACUUAUCCUACCAGAGCUUCCAGCUUUUUGGAUUCGACUUCAUGUUGGACGAGAGUUUUAAAGUGUGGCUAAUCGAGAUCAAUGGAGCCCCUGCAUGUGCACAGAAGCUUUACCCAGAGCUGUGUCAAGGCAUCGUGGACGUGGCCAUUUCCACUGUCUUCUCUCUAAGCGUAGAUGCCCUCUCCAGUUCUCCACCAUUCUCCACCUCACCUUCUCUCACCCCCAGUGCAUGCUCCUCACCCAAACUCAGAGCACCAAAUCAGAUUGGCCCAUUCAUCAAACUGUAAAAGAGAGAGAGCAAGAAAAAGAAUGAAUCCCUUCCAAAAACAUCCACUGCCAGUAGCUAGGCUGCCUAAGGAGAGGUGUAGUAUAGUUAUGGAAUGAUGGGAGAAUAUUUGAAGUUGCACUCUUACUUGUAACAAACUGUCUGAAAUGCUUCUACAUCUGCUUCUGUCUGUCACCCCAUAUCGUUUGGUCCUGUCCGCGGUGAUAUCAGCUUUUUGAGCUAGAGAUACAUUCUUCAAUUUCACUGGUUAAUUAUGCCAGGGCCUCAAUGCACUGCAUAAAUUGUCACACAAGGGUCUGUUUUAUAGUAGCAGAUGAAAGCUGAAGUAAUAAUACAUGGACAGAUCUCUGGAGUUUUUCUGACUUUUUGAUGGGGAAAUGAGAUUCCUCAGGAGUGUUCAUGGAUAUAUUAAAAAAAUGUAGGAUGGUUAUGAAUUUCAUUGCAGUGACGUUAGUGCCUUACAUAUUCGUAUGCCUGCUUCCUAUAAAGCACCAAGUAGGCAUUUCUGAAACAUUACCCAAGGACUAAGGUUCAGUUUGCAAACAGAAUACUGGAAACAAACAAAAUGAAUGUUCAGUCUUGUGCCACUGUUGUAGCGAUUCCUGCUUUGGGCUUUAAAUAGAGGCCGAGCCAGCCUCUGGCACUAUGUUUCACUAUUUUAUAAGCCAUUUUACUUUCCUUUAGAUUUCAAGAGCUUGUGUGUUCUUGUAUUUACUUACACUACCUAUUAGAGUAGCAAUAUGCUUUGUCACUGUAAAUUAUUCUUUACAUGGGUUCAGAAAGUGUUAUUCGUUUACAAUGACCAAGCUUGUAUAUAAAACACCAAUGUAUAUUAUGAAUUUAAUCAUAAAAUAUAUAUAAAGUACAUAGCUACAUGCUUUAACUUUGGGUGAUUGUUUUCAAGCCCGUAGCAUCAGUUAUUAGCUCCAGUGUCCACUUUUUGUAAGUAUUGUUUUUUUUUUUUUCUGUUGUACCACCCAAAUAUCAAGUUAAGUCAUAUGCAUUUAUAUAGCAGAUGCUCCCACAAAGCAGCUUUACAAAUGUCCAAGCCCCCAGUGAGCAAGCCAAGGGUGACAAUGGCAAGGAAAAUCUCCCUAGAGCACGAAAAAGAAAUCUUGAGAGAAACCAAGACUCAAAGGAGUAGGGGAGAUCAUCCUCUGGCCAAAUAUUACAGUCCAUAAUGCAAAUACCUGUCUCAGUAUGUAACCACUAGCAUUUUUUUUUUUUGUUUGAUCAUGCGCAGAGCCCAGCCAAUUUUUUAAAAUUUUACCUUCACUGUAAUGAAGAUUGAACAAGAAAUAAGAUAGUAGCCCCCCCUCCCCCACCCCAUUUUGGUCACUUUUAAAGUCUGUUUCCCUGUUUUUCAUACAUUCAUAUAAUUUCCCAUAUAGAUGGGUGAAACACAGUCCAGUUAAAUUCUUGUAUAAUUAUAUUCUAGAUAUAGUACAUAUCUAGGAACCACAUUUUGCCAAGUUUGUUUUUUAAGAUGAGAUCAUUAGAAUUAAAGAUUCAUUCUUGGUUACACAUACUUUUAGGAACUUUCUACUAAUGUGAAAUUCAUUGUCUGCUGUUAAGAUUUAGCCUGGUAGGCUUGUUCUACAGCGCUUCAAAGUACAUUUGUGAUAUGAUGUAAUCAUGGCAUGCUGCAGUGCAUAUGCUAGUUUAAAAGCUGAAAUGUCUAGAGUAUAUGCUAAACAGUACCAUAGAGAAAAGUGAAGUACAUGUAUUUAAACAUUCAGUUUUCUUAUCAGUGUUGCAUCACUACAAAUGUAUGGAAAAUAUAUUUAGUUGGUUUUCAUUCUUAUUAGCAAUUUAUGUUAAAGAAAGUCUUUCCAUGUAAAGGAAGGGUGCCUUAUACUAAAGUGUAACAUUGAAAUGUGAGAAGACAAAAUACUGAUAUAGUUAAGGGUGGUUUUUUAAAUUAUUUUGUCAGCGUUAUUUUGCGACAUAUUCAGCUAUAGGCUUCCCUUUUUACAUAGAGAGACGGCAACACAAUCUUUUGAAAAGUAUGCAAUGUCCUCAUGAGCUGACAUUUCAUCAACUCUAACCAAAGAGAGAUGGAACUGUUUGUAUAUUUAUUUUGUAUUUGAACAAUUUGGGAUUGUUUAAUGAACAUUACUAUGUAGUAUGUUUGUGCAGAUUUUUCAUCUUUGUGGCAUGAUGUAGUGAAGUCUGCUGUUCUUGGCCACCUGAAAUGGAAAUAGCUUUCAGUGUGUUUCCUGUAUAUGUAUGUUGUUUAGUUAUGUAAGAAAGUAGACUUCUGAAAUGUGUUUUAUGCCUAUUACCAAUGAUAAGGCUGUGUUCAGACCUUUGACGGAACCAGAUUAUAUUGAUAGCCCCCUUGUGUGCAUGUUGAUCUAGCUGUUACCAGAAAAAAAAUCUGGUUUGCUACUUUGUCAUUUUCUGUUUGUAACAAUGAAGGCCUAUAAAUGUAUUUGCAUAACAUAUUUCCAUGUUGUCUUGACACCAAAAGCAUUAUUUCCUAUUUUUGUAAAGCUUUAUGCAUGGGUAAAUUUGGUGUCUGUUGGAAAAAUAAAAUUAGUUUUCAUGGGUU